CAUUCAUUCCCAAAGCCACCAGAAGCAUUCCUCCCAGGAAAAGUGGAGCUGGAGGUGAGAAGACACCUGGAAGGACGGAUUCAUUCCUUCUCUGAGUUUCUUAUGCGGGGACAGUAUUAGAGCCCAGCAAGGCUUUGAGACAUCCCAAAGAUGAGCGCCAACAGCAUUAGGGGGCCAGUGUGCAUUAGCUGGAAGCAGGAUAUGGAAGGGGCUAUGUACCACCUAGCCAACUGCAUCUUGCUCCUGGGCUUCAUGGGGGGCAGUGGGGUAUAUGGAUGCUUCUUCCUUUUUGGCUUCUUGGGCACAGGCUACCUGUGCUGUGUGCUGUGGGGCUGGUUCAAUGCCUGUGGCCUGGACAUUGUCCUUUGGAGCUUCCUGCUGGCAGUGGCCUGCCUGCUCCAGCUGGCACACCUGGUAUACCGGCUGCGCGAGGACACUUUCCCUGAGGAGUUCAGCCUCCUCUACAAGACGCUGUACCUGCCUCUGCAGGUGCCCCUGCAGACGUACAAGGAGAUUGUUAACUGCUGCGAGGAGCAGGUCUUCACUCUGGCCACCGAGCAGACCUACGCUGUGGAGGGGGAGACGCCCAUCAACCGCCUGUCCCUGCUGCUGUCUGGCCGGGUUCGUGUGAGCCAGGACGGGCAGUUUCUGCACUACAUCUUUCCAUACCAGUUCAUGGACUCUCCCGAAUGGGAAUCGCUGCAGCCCUCUGAGGAGGGGGUGUUCCAGGUUACUCUGACUGCUGAGACCUCAUGUAGCUACAUUUCCUGGCCCCGAAAAAGUCUCCAUCUUCUUCUGACCAAAGAGCGAUACAUCUCCUGCCUCUUCUCAGCUCUGCUGGGCUAUGACAUCUCAGAGAAGCUCUACACUCUCAACGAGAAGCUCUUUGCUAAGUUUGGGCUGCGCUUUGACAUCCGCCUCCCCAGCCUCUACCACAUCCUGGGUCCCACUGCCCCAGAUGCAGUGACAGAGUCUGAGAAGGAUGAUGAGGAAGUCCAUGAGCCGGCCGUGUCCCCGCCUCAGGCCAUGGCCACAUCUGUCCAGCAACCCUCCCUCCCCUCUCCCCCUCCAGCUGCCACCAGCCCAUGUGCACCUCCUUCCCGAGCCAGGAUGUCCAGGCCUGACAGCGGCAUCCUGGCUUCUAGAACUCCUCUCCAGAGCUACUCUCAAGUUAUGUCCAGGGGACAGGCCCCUCUGGCUCCAAUCCACACUCCUGAACUUUAAGGAUCACUGGACUAUCCCUUUCUCUCUGGCCGGCGCGGCACUCUUCCACGUUAGCAGGGCACCACUGGCAGGCACACCCCUCUUCUUAGCCACUGGAAGGCUCACAGCCAGGUGGGAGUGGACACGGAAGGUGUCAGCUCCGUAGCUACACUGAGGCCCCUGAGUGGCCUUGAGAAAGUCACUGCCACAAGUCUUCGCUCCAGAAGAAGGCAUCCCAAAGUGCAAAAGUACAGAUUCCAUCGUUUAUUAGCUGCAGAAUCUUGAGCAAGUUCCAUUACCUCUCUGAGCCUCAUCUGUAAAGCGGGGAUUAUAAAACCCACCUCACAGGGUUGUUGUGAGGAUCAAAUGAGUUGAUUUAGGUAAAGCACCUAGGACAUGACGUGGCACCUAGUAAAGCACUCAAUAAAUCACUCAGUUCCUUUCCCUA